CCUGUGUCGCUGCAUGCCGCACUUGGAGGAGAACCAUGAAGAUGCAAAUUACAUGAAAAGGAGGAAGGGACGAGCGUUACUUUUUUGGGAACGAUCAAAACAUGAUUGGCUGUUUUUAUCGUUACGAAGUUUCUUAUUCAGUAUAUAAAGCCUGGACCUGCCUUUACCAACUCUGAACACCAUACACCUCCGCCUACGGAGUACCUGAGGGAGGCGGUUGAAUACUUUCAAGCUACAACCACGUCACACACACACUGGAAGACAGCAUGUGGACAUCCGGACAAGCCCCCACAGUAAAUGCCAUGGUAUCCACGGUUGGAGGGUUGAUCUUCCUGGCCACUGUAGGCCAGAACAUCAGACUAGCGGACGGCCUCAAACACCCCACCCUCGAGCCCUCUCCAUCAGACCUCAUGCCAAUCACGCACGCUGCAAACAACAGUACGAGGGCGCCUCCUGUUCUCCGCAUGCACCAUGCACCGUGCAGGGAGGAGCAUGCAACCUUCUGUUUUAACGAGGGCAGAUGCAUGUACCCACAAGACAUGGAAAAUCCCAGUUGCAUUUGCAGGGCUUCCUAUGGCGGUCCGCGAUGCUUGAGCCUCAUGACCAAGGCCUAUAAUGUGACUGAUUACGAGACCGUGGUGGGCAUCUGCACGGCUGUCUUCUUCUUCAUCCUCUUCCUCAUCUUGGCCCUUUGGUGGAUUCGUAAGAGAUGCAUCAAAAAAUCCCCCCAAAAAUAUGCUGGACCUGAGACUGCUGUGUGAUGCGUUGGUUUCGUUACAUCAUCUUCGUGAUCAUCUCGGCAUCAUCAUCAUCAUCCUCAUCAUCAUCAACCUCCCCAUCAUCUUUGCAAUCAUUAUAAAUCAAUUGACUGUUAUACUCAUUGCUCUAUCAUCAUCUCCCAUAUCGGGUGCAUAUCAGAAAAUGAAAGAAAUUAAUUUCUGAUUACAUGCAAAACAUUUGUGACCAAAUGUGUGCCUCAUUAAUAAGGGUAGUACAGCAUCCCAGAGAGAGAGAGAGAGAGAGAGAGAGAGAGAGAGAGAGAGAGAGAGAGAGAGAGAGAGAGAGAGA